AUGCCUCCUCGCAGAAAUCCAAGGCGUAACAAUAAUAACGAAACACCGAUACCACCACCACCUCCACCACCUCCUCAGUUCGACGUUGCUAUGUUCCAAGCAGCUGUCACGGCGGCCGUAGCGGCUCCCAUGUCAUACAUCAAUACUCCUGUCCCUAGUGGAUCGGGAACUGGGGCACCUCUUUCUAACCAUGGCGAGAGUCAUGGGCACCCCCGAGAAUGCACUUACAAAGAUUUUACGAAUGCCAAACCCAGGAAUUUCAAUGGAACUGGAGGGGUUAUGAUUUUAAGGCAGUGGAUAGAAAAGACAGAAGCAGUCUUUGAAAUCUGCGGCUGCCCAGAGAACAAUAAAGUCAAGUUUGCUACUUGUACCUUUUCUGAAAGGGCUUUAACUUGGUGGAAUGGCCACGUUAAGUCACUGACUCUAAUAGUGGCAAAUUCGAUAAGCUGGGAGAACUUGAAAGCCAUGCUGAUGAGAGAGUACUGUCCACGAGGAUUAUGUGAUAUGGCAAUUCUUUGCCCGGAUAUGGUUGCUCUUGAGAGCAAGAAAAUAGAGAGAUAUAUUUGGGGACUGUCGCCCCAGAUCCAGUCAAGUGUGUUAGCAUCAAGGCCUGUUACUUUUGACAGCGCUAAAGAGCUGGCACAAUCUAUUAUCGAUCAUGGAAACUACCAGAACCCAACGAUUACUACACCCGAGCAACAAAAGGGAAACAACAACAACAACAAGAAAAAGGGGUGGAACAAGAGGAAAAGCGGGACUUCGCAAGAAUCCUCAAAGAGACAACACCUACUACAAUCAAUGCUGCCACGAAGGGGGCAUACUGCCCGUUUCUGCAAGACUCCAGCAAGGCCGAUCGCUCAAGUUCCUAACGCCGGUGUGGGCCAAGCUUGCUACGGUUGUGGCGAAGUGGGCCACUACAAGAGGAACUUCCCUAAGGCAGGGAUAGCUGGCGGAGUAGGAAGAGUUCUGGCCAUAGGCCACGAGGAAGCGGUUGCCGACCCCACAGUGGCCGCUGGUACAUUUCUCCUCGAUAACUCUUAUGCAUGCAUACUUUUCGACAGUGGAGCGGAGAAAAGCUUCGUAAACCAGAAAUUUACACACUUGCUUAGACAAAAACCAUGUGCACUAGAUGAACCAUUCACUAUAGAAAUGGCAAACGGGAAAACGGAAAGUACUAACUGCAUAUACGUAGGUUGUACUCUAACUCUAGAUGAUCAUACUUUCAAAAUAGACCUCAUGCCGGUCCCAAUUAAAAGUUUCGACGUCAUAAUCGGCAUGAAUUGGUUAAGUCAUCGUCGCGUCGACAUCAUGUGCUUUGAGAAAGCAGUUCGUCUUAACCUCCCUAACAGCGAAACUCUAGUUAUCUACGGCGACAAACCUAGUACGAACCUUCACAUCAUUUCGUGUAUCCAAGCUCAGAAGUGCUUGCGAAAGGAGAAUCAUGCAUUCCUGGCACACAUAGUCGAUACGAGUCAAGAAGUGAAAGACAUUCAGAACAUCCCAGAAGUACGCGACUUUCCCGACAUCUUUCCAGAAGAACUACCGGGAUUACCACCUCAACGCCAAGUCGAGUUCAGAAUCGACUUAGUGCCAAGGGCUACUCCAGUAGCCAAAUCUCCAUAUCGACUGGCACCAACAGAGACGCAGGAACUUUCCAGUCAGCUUAACGAACUUCUCAAGAAGGGAUCUUGCUGCUAG